GAUUGGCGGCGGCGCGCGGGGCUCGGCGCAGCGGGGCCGCGUUGCGGGGCAGUGUUGCGGGGCCGGCGGUCGGGGCAGGAUGCUGGGCCAGGAGGAGGCGGCGGCGCGGGCCGAGCUGCGGGAGCUGAACGCGGGGCUGCGGCUGUACGUGCAGCGCGCGCGGGAGCUGGAGCUGCAGCACGCGGCGCUGGCGCGGGAGCUGGCGGCGGCCGAGGCGGCGGCGGCGGCGGAGCGGCGGCGGGAGCGGGACGCGCUGCGGGCGCGGGCCGAGGCGCUGCGGCGGGAGCAGGCGGCGGCCGAGCGGCAGCGCGACGAGCUGCGGCGGGAGCUGGGCGCGCUGCGGCGGCGGCUCGGGGCCGAGGGGCCGGCGCCGCGCUUGGGGCCGGGGCCGGAGCUGGGCGCGCGGCGGGCCGAGCUGGAGGCGCGGCGGGCCGAGCUGGGCGCGCUGCGGGAGCUGCUGGCGCGGCUGCAGGACGAGCGCGACCGGCUGCGCGGCGAGCGGCGGCGGCGCGAGCCCGGGCUGCGGGCGCUGCGCGAGGCGCUGGCCGAGGCGCCGCGCCCGCUGCCGCUGGCCCGGCUCAGCCUGCGGGCGCUGGAGCAGGCGCUGGGCCCCGCGCGCUGCCGCCGGCUGCGCCAGGGCUGCGAGGCCGAGGCGCGCGACCAGACCCGCCGCGCCCGCGACGAGACCUCCAGCGCCCGCCGCCUCCGCGACGACCUGCAGCGCCGCCGCCACGAGCAGGACGCGCUGCGCGCCGCCCUCCGCGACGACCUCCGCCUCCUGGAGCAGCGCCGGCACCAGCACGGACACCACUGCCAGAGCGUAAUCAGUGCCCUCGAAGAAGAAAAGGAGCUCCUGACAACCUCGAUUGCCGAGUACCUGCAGGAAUAUCAAGAACUGCUGGAGGUGAAAGCAAGCCUCAGCCUUGAACUUGCGACUUACAGAGCCUUGCUUGAAGGAGAAGACAGCCAGUGGGUCAUUACAUGGACUGAUCAGCAAGGGAGAGAAAUACCAAAAGAUGUCAGAGAUGCAUCUUACAACUAUAGUAAUGUUUACUCAGCCUACCGAGAAGGAAAAAAGAGACCCUUGCCAGUAAUCAAGAGUCCUGACAAAAGACGUAUACCACCACUAACAGAUAUCCGCAGUUCCGCACUUCAUUCAACUCGAGCAACAUGUGCUAGACCCCAACCCUCAGCUGGCGUGAAAGUUGUAGGAAAAGAUGUAUUUGGUUCAACGUAUCGUCCUUCAGUCCCUAUCAGAAAGGAUGUGACUCGAGAAGCUGCAAAGGACCACAGAGAGUUCACAACACUUACUCCAGUACACAGUCUUCAGAAAAAGACUGAAAUUUGGCAAAAAACAUAUCCUGAAAGAAAGAAAGCAGAAGCUACAGCUGCUUCCUCAGUUUCUUUUGAAAAAGAGUCAACACGUGUUCAGAAGCCAAAUAAGGACUACGCAGCUGACACAAAGCCAGGCAUUUCCGAAGGUAUAAGAACAAAAUCUUAUGAGCUGAACUCCAAUUUUAAACAAAAUGAGUAUGAACAAAAGAAAGCUGAAACUCGUACUGUACUGCAAGGAAACCGAGAAAGAGACAAACCAAUUGAGGAGGAGAGACGCAUUAUUCUGGAGAAAAAGAAAAUGGAUGAUAAAUUUACUGUGGAAGAAAAAAGUGUUAAUUUUGGAAAGACUGAGGCUCAACCAGGCAUAGAGCAGAAAAAGCAUGUAAUAGAAGAAGACGUGGUUAAUAAAAGGUUUAUAUUGGGUGAUCUACCUGAAUGGAACAAAAAGGUCAAAGAUGUGGCCUUGGAAUCGAGGAGGAAGGAGACUAUUGAGAUACCCGUCUCUUUUGAAAUGCACAGUCCAGACAAAACAUCAGAGGCCAGUGAUGUAGAAAUAACAUUAGAAGGUCUUAAAACUGCUGCAGGAAGAGAGGGGGAUGAAUGGAGAACAAAACAUGUUGAUAUUCACAAUGAAAAUAUUCCAGAAAGAGAAAUCAACCUGGGAGACAAAGAUGGAGUUGGUGACAAAAGCAGCCCUAAAAUAAGUUCUUCACUGACAGAAAACAUAGCAGAAAAUAUUGUUGCUGAUAUUCUUAAAAGUUUUGUGCCAUCUUCUGGUUCAGAAACAUCAGCAGAUACAAAAGUUACUUACCAUGAAAAGAAAGAUCAUUCUGAUGAUGGAAAAGUGAAAACCGAGAUCACAAUACAAUCUACAGUCCAAGAUGAAGUUGACCUAGGAGAUGUAUUAAAUAAGGAUGCUAAAAAGGGGGUUCUGGAAGACAUUGAGGGAACACCCUCCAGAGAGGAGAUAGAAGAUAUAAUUAAUGUUGGCCUGAAAGGGAGAGAGGGUACGGGCAAAAUGUCUGUUAAUGUUGAGAUCAUUGAGGAGCCACUAGAUUCUCCAGCUGAUGAAAGGAGUGAAUUUUCUACACCAUUUGAAGUGGAGGAGGUAGAGGAUACAUCCCCGGGCUUAGAAGGGCGUUACGGUGAUGAAGAGGAACACAACCUCACAAUGACAGGUCAAAAUCUAAAAAAGAAAACAGAGCCUUGUGAGCGUUUCACUCAUGUGGAAGAAGUCACCGAGGCAGAGGAGACUACUGAUGAGCAGAAAUAUUUUGUAUCUGUUCCAGAUGAUCACCCCUCAGCUCAAGAAAACGAGGAUGACUCGGUGUACGGGCAAAUUCACAUAGAGGAAGAAUCAACUAUUAAGUAUGCUUGGCAAGAUGAAUUUUUGCAGGGCAUGCAAAAUAAGAAAGAUGAUGGCAUGAAAUCACCAGAAGUAACGUAUCAGGUUGUUGGGGAGGAAGCAAGCGCUCAUAUCUUAAAAGAAGAACAUCCAAGAGAUGAAGCAUCGCAUGUUGAAUCCGUUGUCAUUGAGAGAGAGAUUAAAAUACCUCAUGACUUUCAGACCUCAAUAAAGGAACUUUUAUCAAAAGAAACCAAAGACCCGAAACAUCAAUUGAAAGAGGCACUCGAGCAGUUAGAGGGAAGCCUUCCAGAGAGCGUGAAGGAAGAACUAUCUGCAUUAACAAAAGAAAAUCAAGCCGACUCUAGUAACCUGGCAGUUGAUAUAAAAACAGUUGAGAAGACUGAUGAAGGUGGUUCGAAGACAUUUGUUGCUGAAGUCAGCCUAUCCCAAACUCUUGACCCUGCCCAGUAUGAUAUCCAGUUCGAUAUACCGCAGUUUGAUGAUGUCAUCAUGAGUAAGAUGGAGAAGACUUCACCGUGGUCUCCAAAAAAAGAAGGGUCCGAACAUGACAAACAAGGGUCAGAAAGUCCGUCUGGUGGCAAAAGCAGCAUACAAAUAGAUCUUUCCCCAGGCAGUAAUAAGCCCGCUCCCUUGGCUAGUCAAGAGGUUUAUAACUUUUCCAGUGUGAGAAUCGGUGAUGGCAAUGAAUAUCAUGCCCCAGACCAAGGUCCGGUUUCGGAAACUCUGGAAUUUGACAGUGCAGGAGGUGUCUCCCCCUUACGUUGGUCAGCAGAUGUUAACAAACACGCGAGGCAUACGAGUCCAACAGAAAUUCAGAGAACUGAGAAGAGGAUAUAUGAAGGGCCUAUUUCUGAAACUCUAGAGAUCAGUGGUACCGAAGGUCUUUUUCAGACAGAAGGGUCAUCAGAUAUCAGCAGGUCUGUGAAGCAUUUUAAACUGGGUCCUAAAGAAAUUCAAACCACUGAAGAAAUUAUUUAUAGGGGGCCUGUUGGUCUAGAAACAGGUGCACCCCCAAACCUUGCUCAGUUACCAUUCGGCACUGACAUUAAUAGGUCCACAAGGCACAUCACGGUAGGGUCAAGGCAGAUUGUGGAAGAAGUCACUUUUGAAGGGCCCACUUCAGACUCCUUGGAGGCUGGUGGCACAGGGGAUCUUCCUCAAGAAGGGUCAGCAGAUGCCAGCAGAACAAUAAGGCAUAUUAUAUUAGGUCCCAAAGAAAUUCAUGCUGAGCAAGUCAUAUUUAAAGGGCCCAUUCCUGGAAGUGUAGAGGUCAGUAGCACUGGUGACCUGUCUCAGACUGACAGUUCAGUAAUGCACAUUAGAUUAGGGCAAAACCAAUUUCAGACAACUGAGAAAUUCAUAUAUGAAGGGCCUGUUCCAGAAACAGUGGAACCCAGCAGUGCAAAAGACCUAUCUCAUGAGAUUUCAGAUACUAAUACAUCUGUUAGGCAUAUUAAAAUAGGUCCUAAAGAAUUUAUGACAACUGAGCAAAUCAUCUACGAAGUCCCCAUUUCUGAACAUCUGGAAUUCACUGAAGUCGGUGACCGUUUUCGCUCUGAAGGGUCAGUAAAGCACAUUAAGCUAGGUCAAAAGGAAAUCAAAACUGAACAGAUCCUAUACCAGGGCUCCCUUUCUGAAUCUUCUGAGUUCAGUAGCGCAGGAGGAAGCCCAUCAGAGACUGGAGGAACCUCCGAUUUCGAUAGAUCCAUCAGGCACUUUACAAUGGGUCCUAUAGAAACUCAUUCUGAGCAAAUCAUCUUCAAAGGGCCCAUCUCUGAAGCACUGGAAGAUAUUUCUCAGACAGAAGGGUCAUCAGAGAGCAGCAGAUCUAUGAGACACAUUAGAUUAGGACCCAAGGAAACUUCUUUUACUUUCCAAAUGGAUGUAACUAAUGUAGGGGCAGCCCCCUUGGUGGAAGAGGGAGAAGAAGCAGCCACAGUUUUUGUAUCCAGUAGGAAGGAGCCUGACGUCAGUCGGUCACGGGUCAUAGUUGGAAGUGACCAGAAGGAUGCAGAGAGUGAAAGUAGCAAAGAAGCAGGUGCCUUUUUUCAUUCUUCCCAGGAUCACAGUGAACAACUAACAGAGAAAUCAGUGUUCAAUAAAACUGUAGAACUGCAAAGAAUGGUAGACCAAAGGUCAGUAGUUUCUGAUGAAAAGAAAAUUGCCCUUCUCUAUCUGGACAAAGAAGAGGAGGAGGAGGAGGAAGAUAAUGAUGGGCAAUGGUUCUAAAAGGCACUUGAAUGAAAUGGCUUAGUAGCUUGUUCACCAUGGGUAUUUUUGACUGUUUUCCUUUUUUUAAAGAAGCUAAACUUUCCUAUUUAAGUCCUAACCACAGACUGAUAAAUUUGAAAUCCAAGUCUCAAUCUAUGCAAAAUCCUUCAUCUUUUGUUGGAGCACUUCUCUAUGGAGGAGCCUUGCUACUGCAAUUUUUCCCCCUUCCUGACCUGUUUCCAGUUACUUUGGAUACCUGGAUCUCCCCGGACAGGAAACUUCCACUGGGGAAACUGCAAGGUCGCAUAUAUUCUAUAUAUGUAUCUGAUCCACACGUGUAUGUCUGUUUUGAACUGGAGUGAAUACUAUAUUGUAUUUGGAUACUAAAAUAAUUCAGCAUUUCUGUUUGAAUUUGAAAUGAUUAUAUCCACAAGUAUAAUGAAAUGCAAUAACUCAGUUAAAAUAGUAUUGGAGUAAGCCAUGUAGACAGCUGAUUUCCGGUUCCAUUUUAAUGUGCUUAUAUGCAAUACCUAAUAGCAAGAUUUCAGCAACCAUUAUUUAAUGACAUCUAUGAAUUAAGAAUAUAUGUUACAUUUUAUCAUUUAUAUAAUAAGAAACGACUGUAGCAGGCAUAUAUUUUAGGGAAAUGUUUUGGUCAGUCUUGAAGAGAAUAAUUUGGUUAACAUUUUUAAAAAGAACUGGUCAGCAGAAAAAUGGAAAAAAUCCAGAGGCCAGAUCCCAUUUAUACCAAAGUCAGUGGAAAACUCCUUCCAAUUUCAGCAGCGUGCAUAUUAAUACUAUAAACUGGUUAUUUUUAGUGUGCCAUAUUGCCUUGAUUUUGUUAGGUAUUGUAAGAACCUAAGGUCGCUGUGACAGCAUGUCAGAUAGCACAAUGGGAUUAACUCAUGUGCUGUCUGCUCUGAAAAAUUAUUGUAAAAAUGCCAUUGAUGGGUCCCCUGUUUAUUGUGCCUUAUUUCCCAGAUCAGCCUUUCUCUCCUCACAGAUAAAAGGUGCCUUAUUAACUGCUAGCCCUGAAAAUCCAACCUGGGACCUGAAAUUUUCACAUGGGUUUUUUUGGGGGGGGUUGAGCAUAUUAAAAAAUAAUAGAUGCCUUGACCAAAUUCUGCUUUCGCAUACAUCGGGGCGGGCAAUUAUUUCGGGCAGAGGGCCGCUGACUGAGUUUUGGCAAGCCAUCGAGGGCCACAUGACAGGCAGCCAGGGGCAGAUAAAUACUAAUUUUCUAAAUUUUUUAGGGGCCCUGGAGGCUAGAUAGAAUGGCCUGGCAGGCUGCAUUUUACCCACCCUUGACUUACAUCAUUUGAAAUCCAGUUGUUUUCACUGGGUUUGCAGAAGUACAUGCAACAGGAGCAAUAUUCAACUCUGCCAUUUAGAGCAUGUUUAAUUCUGUUGGUGCCCAAUCUGGAAGAGAGUCCAACUCUUUAAGAGCAGCAUUAGCUCUGUCUCUGUAGAAACGGAACGGAAGAAAAAAUAGUAACGAAAAAUUAUUUUUGUCACUCAGGAAAUAAGAUCAGACUCUGGAUUUGCAGAGGGAAUUAGAUACACGCAGUACGAGGCUGCUAUUUUUGCACAUGUAUGCACAAACACAGAUGCACUCUACAGAGCAGAACCACACUUUAAGUCCAGAUGGGUGGAUUGUGUCAGAUAAUUAACUUUUAACUUUUUAACUUCUUUCCUGUGCUUACAUAAACAUUAGUUUUGUGUGUUUGACCUGUAUUACACUCCAGCUUAAGUCAUUUUAUUCUGGCAUGGUGCUUGUUCUCAGUUUAUUUACCAUCAAUAGAAACUAGAUUUUACUAAAUGGAUUACUGCCUUUCAGUAGAGACAUAAAUAGGAAGUGGAAAUGCACUACUUUUAGUUUAACAUUUUACCCUAUUUUUGAUAUGAGGUGGAUUAACUAUACUAGGUAUAUCAAUCAUUUCAAAGACUAUUAUACUUACUUGCAUACCACAUGCAGUUUUUUCUCAAAACUCAUUCCCCCAAAAUUGGGGGGGUGGGGAGGGUGUCUUAAGUGGGGAAGCUGAUUUUCUGUCCAGAAUAGAAGCACCUCGGGUGCACUUUUAUUCAGGCAGCUGAGAGAAUCAGUUGACUUACUGGCUUAUUGUUCUCUGCUCCACAGGUGUUAACAAUCUUCUCUCCUUUUUAAUAGCUUUCAUGUUCCAUUAAUCAAGCAAACCUUUCUUAUGACAAUUUUCCUGUCUUUAAGCUAUUCCUAGCCUCUCUUCUCCUAUUUUGCAACCUUUCAGAACGUUUUUAGCUCUUUUUAAAACUGUAGAUUCACCCAUAGAGACCAGUGUUCAACAGCAGCUAGGGUUUUGAUUUUUGGGAAUAGGUAGGGUGAGUGAGCUGACAAUUACUCUGUACAGCCAUGACCCUGGAAAAAUCUUUUUUUUUCCCCUUCAUUCUGCCUUCUCAAAAGCAAGGUGCCUUAUUGUGUGGUAUGCAAUUAAAUAUAGUAACUCAAGGGUUUUGUUUGCACUGCAAAUUUUGCAUCACUGUUUAAUUACAAUGGUGUAACUCUUUGUGUAGACCAGGAUUGCAUGCACUCAGCGCUGUAUUAUGAAAUAGUUCACCAAACUGGGAAAUGGUGAGCAGCAAUGCUGGUGCUGGAAAAUUAAUCUGAAGCAGAGGAGUGCAGAUGCACCCCCAAGUGUGAAUGCUAAGUGCAUUUUAUGUUUGAAACCACAUAAUGGAUAUAUUUUUCAGAAUGACUAAGCUAUGCUUAUAAUAUGUAUUUUUGCUCCCAUUUACAGAUAAGGGGCUUGUGAGCUGUUACAGCUCUUUGAUGGCAUAUAGUGUUAUUGCCUUAGUUGAUCAUCUAAGGGUUUUUUAAUGGUGCACUUUAAAAGUAAAAUUCUAUAUUGGUUUUAGGGCAGAAUUUUAAACUACAGCUUAAGGUUUGAUACAUAAGUUGACAAGCAAUAUUUCAGUAUUCUAUCUAAAAUUAGAUUUAGAUCCAUAAUUGAAUGUACCCACAUUUGAAAAAAUUGGCAUUAGUUUUCUAGAAGUUUGAAUCCUAAGCAGAAACUUAAAACCUCUUUCAAACAGACAUAAGGAUCCUGCAGAAGCCAAACAAUUUACUAGUAUCAAUCCCAUUUUAUUGAAAACUUCAUGGAAAAAUUUUAAGAUGCAUUCUCUUCAGGAACAAUCCCACUGAUGGCAUGUUAUAGUCACCUGCUCUUCAUUAGCAGGUUAUAUUUAACUUUAGGCAAAGGAGUUGGCAGUGAGCAAGUGAAUUAGGAGAAAUAAAGUUUCAGUGUUAUAGAUAGGUCUGUAGUGUUGAAGGAGAAAACUUCAGUAUUGUUUCUGUAUAGGAUGCUUCCAAGGAAGCACCCAUGGCUAUGCAGGAUGUUCUUAGACAGCACCACCUUAUCAGAUGUAGCAGGUUAUCUUGAGGCUGUUUGUUUGUUUGUGAUUGCUUUAGUUGCUCGGAGGGAAAAAGGUUUGGUUUGGUUUUUUUUCCCUGUGAAUUUAAGAGCUUUGAUUCUAGAUAAAAUCUGUCAAAGUGAACUGGAAAAGGACAUCAGCAUGAAAUCAGAAGACUCUCUGAGUGUGGUGGAGUUAGCUCCAGCCACGAGAAACGAGAAGCUUAAUGUAGAAAGGUUAUAAGCCUUGAAGAAGAAUGUGUAAGCAGCAUACUCUUCAUCUGACUCCCAUUACCUUAAACCUUUUGUCAUUUCCUUAAACAUUACUGAAAAUUAGGAAUUAGUCAAAAUAUAUUUUAACAUAACAGCCACUUUGGGUAAUGCCACAUCCAGGCAACAAAAAGGCUAGUGACUUGUGCCCUGAAUCUGUAAUGUGGUUUGUGCUGAUGCAGACUCAGAUGAAGGUUUUUUUGCAGAAAUGGCCAGAGUUCACAUGUGUCUGUUUCUGUCAGUUCAAGUAUAACCUAUUACUCCAAAAGUUGCCCAUCCUUUUUUUUUUUGCAAUAUACUAAUAUGUGUUUAUUUAACAGCCUUGUGUGCAAUUACCUUAUUACUGGCUUGGAGCUGGAAGGAUUGACAAUGUGGCUUCACUUACUGCACACACUGAAGCUUACUUAAGAAAUGUUGCUGUUCUUAAGUAAGAUGAGCUUUAUUGUCGAGUUUGAAUUCAACGAGUAAAAGGCUGUUAAAAUAUAACUACUCAUUUUAUUUGGUGGAAACUGCGUUUAUAUGCUUGAGGUCAUUCAGAAGUGGGGCACUAUUUUCUUUAACAUACAAACUAUUGAAUUUGAAAGCAAAUGUAGAGUUAAGGCAUAGAGAUGUAUGAAAAACCUAAGACUCUGUAUGGAUUGCUGUUUGUUUAGCAGGUGUUUAAAAGACUGUAGGCAGGUUGAAAUAGGGUUUGUUGAUGUCCGCUGUGAGACUUUGCAGGCACUUUGUUGUGGUCAUAUACAAUGCAAUCUGCAUUUUGUGGUGGUUUAAGUUUUGUGAUUUUGCACUUUUUUCACUCUUCAAUAUUAAAGAAUGAAAAUGAA